GGCAGUGUGCUGGUGAGGGCGGAGGGAUUUGUACACAGUUGAGCAGGGAAAUGUGCCUGAACUCUAAGAUCUAUAUCCAUUCAAAGCACAGUGUCUGACUUGCUCCUACACAUCCGCCGCAAUGUUCCUGGAAGGCGCUGCCUUUGCUGUUCUGCUCAUAUGUUUAUGUUUUAUGAUCCGGUUAUAUUUAGUUGUGAAGACUGGAUCAGAGCUGAAACCUGGAAGCAAAGGUCCGAUCGCUGUUCUCGUCGUUGCAGGAUCAGGUGGUCACACCACAGAGAUCCUGCGGCUGAUGGGGAGCCUGUGUGCGGCCUACACACCUCGACACUAUGUCAUUGCUGACACUGACCAGAUGAGUGAGGAGAAAAUCAGCACAUUCGAGAGCUCGAAACAACACUCAGACUCUGGGUCGCAGUUCACCAUCUGUCGAAUCCCACGGAGCCGGGAGGUGCAUCAGUCUUGGACUUCCUCAGUUGUCAGUACGCUGAAUGCCCUGCAGUACUCCCUCCCUCUGGUGUUCAGACUCAGACCUGACAUGGUGCUGUGUAACGGUCCAGGGACUUGUGUCCCCUUGUGUAUGGCAGGACUCCUGCUUGGAAUUCUGGGAAUGAAGAAAGUUCUUAUAGUUUAUGUUGAAAGUAUUUGCCGGGUGCACACACUGUCACUCACAGGGAAAAUCCUGUACCCGAUAUCAGACUAUUUCUUUGUGCAGUGGUCUUCUCUGAAGGACAAAUACCCCAAAUCCAUUUUCCUGGGAAGAGUAGUCUGAUAAAAUCUAUGACACAAACUAAACACAAAUACAGAAUGAAAUGUUAUGCUUGUUGUAAUUAAUAUGAAUAAAUACUUUUUACAUUUUUGUCAUUUAUUUUUUCAUUAUUUGUUACAUUUCGUAUAGAGGGCAUGGUCUAACCAUGGUAUACUGUCUUUGACAAUACAUA